CACACAAUAGAAAACGACCCAAUGCGAUUCAUUCCAUUGAAAUGGUUGUCUUGGCUUACGGUUGUUGAGUUCAUUUUGAAAAUGAACUCGACAAAAAUGGCAACCGUCCCACUUACUCACCGCAAUAAAAUGGGCAUCUCCACUUACGCUUAUAACUCUUUGUUUAUGUCUACUACGAUACAUCUGUUGCUCAUUUUUCUGCUCACCGCUAGCAAUUGUCUGGUUGUCAUUGUAAACGUCAAAUCAUACGGAGUUGUUUGUUUGAUUCAUUCCCAAAAUUGAUUGCUUCGUGUUGUGAAAUUCACAUUUUUAUCAAAAAUUUACCAAACCCAUGAACGACAUGCGAUUCUCGGCGGAUUCGGGGCACUCUUCACGAGACCAGAACAACAAAAGAAGCAGGCGUCAAUCGGAUGACGAUGACAUCACCGAAAUUAUAACUUUGGACGCUGAUUCUGAUUCUGAUACGGAUUCAUUGGAAAGUGUUUCGCAGUGGUUAAAACGAAAGCGACCGGAGAGUAUUACAAUUUCAGAUGGACCAACUCCAUCCACAUCACAGGCAUCACAAGUGGAGAAUGAGUCGAAGGGAGAAGCGGCAUCGAGCAGCACUGAUAAAAUAUUAAAUAUGAUAACAUUAUUUAUCGUUGAGGAUUUGCACACAACAUCGAUAGUAAAAGAUUCGGGAUUUAAAAAAUUUGUCCAAACAUUGAAGCCAGAUUUAGUGUUGCCCACCCAAGAUGAUAUAUUGAACAAUAUUCUGUUGCUGUACGGGAUUGAACGUGCCAAUUUGCUUAUUUUGUUGCAUUCAGUGGAUGCCAUUUCAAUUGCAAUCGAACGAUGGACAUCGUUCACCGACAACACAUACGCAACAAUCAAAGCGAAUUUUAUAAACGCUGAUUGGGAACCACAAUCUUACGUGCUGGCCACCGUUCAACUGGGCGACACAAAUUCAUUUGCAUUACUGAACGACAAAGUGUUGGAAACGUUGAAAAUGUGGGAGAUUGAGAAUAAAGUGGUGUCAACGGUGUACGAUUGGUAUCGACCGCCGAUGGAUUUCUUAGCGCCGGGGCAAUAUCAGGAAUUGGGCAAGAAAAUGUGCUGUUUCGCACUAAAGCUACAAACGGCCAUUGAUAACAGUUUUAACAGUAUCCCAGAGAUAAAAGCAAUCAUAGAUAAGUGUAAGCAACUGGUUGCCUAUUUUCUACAUAAUAAUGUUGCCGAGAUUUAUCUGCACAAAUACCAAAAUUACUUGGAGCUAUCGUGCGAUCAGUUAAUCCAAGCGUCGUCAGAUGAUAUAAAUUCCACAUAUCUAAUGUUAGAUCGGCUAUUGAGCCAGAAACUUGCGAUAAAUUCAGUGCUUCGAGACGAAGAUGCUAUCGAUGGUACAAGGGCGACGGAGCUGCAAUUGGAUGACCCUGAAUGGUUGAUAAUCAAAGAAAUGGUCGCCACAUUGAAGCCAUUUCAAUUGGCAAAGGUUGUGUUGUAUCGGGUCAAGGAUCACAUUGAUUCAGUUUCAGUGGUGAAACCAAUGAUUCAUUCGUUUUGCACCAAUUUCCUUUCGGCCAACAAUGAAACGACACCGGUGCGACUGUUGAAGCAACGGAUUAGAGAAGAUCUUCUGACAAAAUUCCAAUUAUACGUGGGACAAAAUGAAAUGACGGCACCAGACUACUUUGAUUUGGCCACCUACUUGGAUCCACGGUAUAAAAACCAAGAAUACAUGAGCAAUGAGAAUCGAGAAACCAUCAAACGCUACAUUCACGACGUUUAUUUUGCCAAGAAUGAAAAUAACGCAUCAAAAUCAUCGAAAUUGUCGAUGUCAUCGAAAGCAUUGAGCAUACUGUUCCCAUCGGCACCGAGCGAAACGGCAAACGAAUGCCUGCGCUAUCACAACGAAUCGGAAAUUGAUAAAAAUUUAUCACCGCAAAAGUGGUGGAAACUUAAUGAACGACGAUAUCCAACACUAUCUACGGUGGCUAAGCGACAUUUGUGCACACACUCCACAUCCAAAUCCAUUUUCACAUCACGCAAUGCAUCACUUCGACGCAAAAAUCUAUCACCACAAAUUGUUGAUAAGCUCAUUUUUCUUAAUCACAAACUCAAAUUUGAUGUUAUUUAAAUCUGAAUUUUAUGAUCAAGUCUUUCAUUUCUUCGUUGUCAAGCAUCAAUGAAAUACAUUUCGAAGGAAAUUAAAAUUAAAAAAAAAUCAAAGUGUUUUU